UAUACGGCGCGCCAUUGUAACAGCGGAGAAAACUAAGUCACUUGGCAAAAGUGCCACAAGUGAAACAGUAUUUAUAUAAAUAAUUGGACACUGCACUAUACUUGUGUAACGUUUUAUCGCCAGGAUACCAUAUCAACUGGGAACAAAGUCAUACGCAAGAAUGGAAGCAGCUGUACUAAGAAUAGCAAGGCGUUCUUUUGGCUCGAUUGCCAAUACUGCAAGGAAUACCCCUGCAGAUGCAGUUACAGGGUCAAAAUACGAAUCGUCAAAAUGCCUGGCAAAGGUAUACCCAGUUGAAGGUGUAUGGAGAGCACCACGUAAAUUGCCAUACACAAAGGAAGAGUUUGACAGAGCUUACCCACCAUCGUACAAGGGUAUGCGUAUAGGACUGCCAGAGUCUGGCACAUUCCAAGCACAGUACAUCGAUCCCAAAUUCGACGAAAUGUCACCACUGGUGUGGUCAUCCAUCAUGAUGGCACCCAUCAUCAUUUGGGGAGCUAUAGAAACAUACUACCACUACUUCCCGCAAAAACCAGGCAGCGGACACCAUUAAACAAACUAAUAAUAUAAAUU